ACCUUAAAACACAACUCUCACAUGUUCGUGACAGCAGCGGUGUGUCCUGGCAUUAGCACGCGUUUAAUGAGACAGUAGUUUGAGUCAUUUCGUUCAGUAAAUAAAAUGUCGGACGCGUCAAACAGCGCAGAGAAACCUCCACCUCCGAACUGGAUCCUUCACCACCCUGCAUAUCAACAAAUGAAGAGUCUGGAGAUUGAGGACAGUGCACAAGUACACGCAGCUUUCCUCGUGUUCAUGGAUCUUACUGAGGUGCGUCAGUGGAAAGAGGUGUCCUGUGUCAAGAGUCCUGAGCUGCAGGUGAUUUUGCUGGAAGGGAGGGAGAAAGAAGGAGCACCCGUCCAGACAGUUCUUCCACUGCCUGUUCACCGAUCUCUGAGCCACAAGAGCAUACGUCACGUGCUGGACAGAGGCUUCCCCAUGCUGUUGUGUGCCGUGGCUUCUGAUUCCACCCUGGUCUACCAGAGGAUGACCGAUGGGUUGGUGACACCGGACCCUCCUGCUGGCCCCUUCCAGGAUUUGGGACGUCGGCAGCACCGGAAGAGACGGCAGAAGCCCUGACACAGCUGGAGUGUGGCGUCAUCUUGGUGUUGUUGGUGAAACAUAGAAGAGCGGAAUGGGACAGACGAGCAGUCGGUCAGUUGGUUGGUCUGUCUGUCUGUGUAAGCUGCUCCUAAAAAAAGUCAAAGGUGCACAGAGAACAUGGCAGCAGGUGCAAAUGGACCAAACCACCGGGCCCAUACAGGUGCUGUCAGUGAGAAAGGACUAGCUAUAUUCAACCUGCGAAGUCUAGUUCAGGGGUUUGCAAAUUUUUUGGCUUGUGAUUCGUUCAAUCUUUUGACGCAAACCUGCCAUGUUUGAGAGAUUUGUUGCGGAGGUACUCCCUCAAUGCAGUCAGGGAUGUGUUCACACAACCCUGCACUUGACAGUAUGAGGUGACCUGCCUUCCUCAAAACAUUCCUGCGGGACCUGAUGAGUUGGAUCCCAGGGGAUCCACAAAACAUUUCGGAUACAUUAGUACUAGAGCCUGACUGAUAUUUGACACAUAUUGAUAUUUUAAAGUUGAAUUAAUUAUCAAGACAUAUUUCCUGUUAUCGUAAAGACAUACAAUUCAACAAAGGUUUUUUUUUUAUGCCUAAUUAAUGUAACGUUUGUGUCAUUUUUUUGGUUUUUAUUUGAGUUACUUUCUCAAAAACAGAAGUAUCUUAUUUUGAAAGGACCAUUGACCGAUGUGAAAAACAGAAAUAUUGUUAUCUACAGACACCGGAAAAGUAAACAAUAAAUAAAGCUAACAAAAAGAGUGUAAUUUAGGCUUCAGGCGAAAGUGUCAACAAGGUAUGUUGAAUGAAUUCAUGUGUUUGCAAAAGAAGUUUAUUUUAAUGCGUUAAGUUUUGUUCUUUUCUUUUUAGCUCUUGGUACAGUGCUAUAGUGACACACUAUGUAAUGGUGACGCUCUGACUAACGUUAUGUUCCCGUGCACAAAAGACUAUAUUCCUACUAAGUUUACAUGCUCAUGGAUAUGAAUAUUCCACUAAUGUUUUCCUGAUUGCAUGCAGUGGUGCAUUUAAAACACCCUUUCAUAAUGUUUAUGUUUGCCCUUCUGACCAGAAAUGUGGACUUUUAUCUUUAGCAUGCAUCUCUGCUCCAGCCUUGCAAACUUUUGGCUGGUUAGAUUCAUGUUGGUUUGUGUACAUAGUUUCUUUACAAAAGAGCUGACUGUAAACAGGCAAGAGUCCGUGUGUGUCGCAAACUGUGGUCAAACCCCCAAUUGAGAUGUAACUUAUAUUCCGAGUGUCAUUUUUGUUCAUAGAUUUCUCUUGAAACCAGGAUGUCGUCAGCAUAUCUCACGUCUUAAUCGGAAAAUGCUACAUUCGGAAUGAUUUUCUGUACUUAAAAUUCUUGUUUCUUAAUAUGAUAAAAUUGCCUGAUAUCAGCCAUCAA